AUGGCCUUCACGGAAGAUCUCAACAGAGUCCUCUCGGGCGAACGCUUGUCCAUCAACGACGAGGAGUUGGUUCCCGGAACCGUCCACUUGGUGGAUGUGGAAAACAUCUUGCAUGUGCAAAAAGACGGCAGCGGCAACAUCAUUCUCCAGCCGCAGCCGCUGGACAACGUCAACGACCCGUUGCGGUGGUCCAAGACCAAGAAGAACGCGCAAUUCACGCUUCUUUUCGUGUGGGCGUUUUUUUUGGCCGUCACCGUCAACUGGAGUGGACCUUUUUGGACCGAGUGGACCGAGGAGUUCAACUGCACCUUCACCCAGUUGAACAUCUCGUCGGCCUUGUGCUUUUUGUUUUUGGGCUUGGGCUGUGUUUUCCUCCAGCCCACGGCCAUGAAGUUGGGCCGCCGUUUUGUCUACUUGACCUGUACCAUUUUGGCCAUCAUUGCCAAUGCCAUUGGUAUCCACGCCAACAGCGUGCAAUAUCUCUAUGCGUCCAACAUCAUUGCUGGUUUUGCCGCGGCGCCCGUCGACUCUUUGGUCGAAAUCUCCUCGACUGACGUUUUCUUCACCCACGAGAGAGCGUCCAAGUUGUCGUGGCUUAUCUUGGCCUUGUACUUUGGCUCGGACAUCGGGCCGGUGGUGGCCGGCUACUUGCCCAGCUGGCAGUGGGCGUUCAAGCUCCAGGUGAUCAUUCUCUGCGUGAUGUUUGCGCUCCAGCUUUUCUUGAUGGAAGACACCACGUUCUCGCGCGAGGAAAAACACACGGAAGAGGACAUUUUGGAGCAGAUCCGCUCGCGUGACGUCGUCUUGUCGGCCGUGCAGUCGGGCGUCGUGUCCGAGAAGGACGAAAAGGUCAAGCACAUCAUCAGCGAAAGAAACUCGACCGAGGAAGAAAGAGAAGACCCAUUGGUGGGCUCCAAGAGAAGCUACUGGAAGAGAAUGCAGCUCAUGGAGUUGGAGUUCAACGAGAGAAGAUCGUGGUUGACCAUCUUCUACCGGCCUCUUUUGAUGGCGCCGCUUCCGGCCAUUAUCUGGGGUGGCAUAGUGUACGGGUCCCAGAUGAUGUGGUUGUCGUUGCUUGCCACGACGCAGUCGGAAAUCUACUCCACCUACUACAGUUUUUCCACAUCGUCGACGGGUCUCACGAACUUGGCUCCUUUGGGCGGUUCUAUCCUCGGUAUGGCCUACGGUGGAUGGUUUGUGGACUGGCUUUCGAUCAAGUUGGCCAAGAGAAACAAGGGUAUUUUGGAGCCUGAGUUCCGGCUCUGGGCCAUGAUCUUCCCCACGCUUAUUAAUGCCGCAGGCUUGUUGGCGUACGGCUUGGCUUCGGUCAACCGCAAACCAUGGCCCAUCUCGGUCAUUUUGGGCCAGGGCUUCCUUGGUUUUGCCAUGAGUGCGACGGGCCCCAUUUCUUUGACCUAUGCCAUCGAGUGCUACCCCAACAUGGCUUCUGAGGGCUUGGUGCUCAUGUUGUUUGUGAGAAAUAUGAUUGGCUGCGGCUUUACUUUUGCCAUCCAGCCCUGGUUGGACAGAGACGGCCUCACGACCACCACGUGGUUGAUGUUUAAUGUUGUCGGUGAUUUGUAA